AUGAGUGUACAUUGUGAGCGGUUCGUUAGAUUUCCCUGGAAAGUGGAAAAUGCAGCACUUCUCCGCAAGAUGAUGUUAGCAGAUCCAAAAGUAUGCGUUGGAGCUGCAGGUGUUCCUGUGGCAAAUCCUCCUGAACCAUCUAAGGAACAGAAUGGUACAAGGAAGGCGCAAGUUGUGAAAAUAUUGGGAGAAGGUGCAUUUGGGGAAGUAAAGUUGGUGGUUGAUCCUCGAAAUCCUAUGUGUUGUGUUGCUCUGAAAUGUAUCGAUCUGAGAAAGUUCCAGAACAACAGUGAAGCACUGAAUCAGUUCAAAAAGGAGGCUUAUUUACAACGGUUACUGUCCACAAAAGAAUGCGAUAAUAUGAUUCGGUACAUAGGAAUGCGCGUAGAAACCGAAGGUGGACUGAAUGAACUCCAAAUUUACCUAGAAUACGCUGACGGAGGAGAACUUUUCGAUCAAAUCGAACCCGAUGUUGGCAUGCCACCCGUCAAAGCUCAGUGGUAUUUCCGACAACUUCUUAAUGGGCUUAGACAUAUCCAUAGUAUGGGCGUCGUACACAGAGAUAUAAAGCCCGAAAAUUUGCUUCUCACGGGACAAGAUGUUCUAAAAAUUUCUGACUUUGGGAUGGCCACAGUUUUUCGCCAUAGUGAUCGAGAACGGAUGUUAAAUGCUACGUGUGGGACGCUCCCUUAUGCUUCUCCUCAAGUCAUCAAGGGAUACUAUAAAGCUGAACCCGUGGAUAUCUGGUCAUCAGGAGUUGUCCUUGUUGCCAUGCUGGCCGGAGAACUCCCUUGGGAUUCUGCAUCCAAGGAAUGUCCCGCCUACAAAGAAUGGAUCAGUGGCACUGUAGUCGUCACUGAGAAUAACCCAUGGAAGAAAAUCGACAACACAGCCUUAUCUUUGAUACGUGCGAUGUUAACAGACAACGAGAACACAAGGGCAACAUUACAAAGGAUAAUGGAGCACCCAUGGACGAAUGCUGAUUUCGUUAGUGCAAAGGAGAACAUCAACGUUCCAGCCAUCAAGAGACAGCGAUUAUCGGGAGAAAAGAGUGACUACUCUGCGGCCUCGCAGCCCUCUUCCUUGAAGUGGUCGGCUACUGGUGUCAACGGUUAUAACUCUUUCUCUCAACCAGCUGAAGCCUUGCUGCUCAGCACGAGUCAGAUUUCGCAGGCAGCUGAUAUUGAUCCAAUGACCCUGAUGGUUCGUCGAAUGACGCGAUUCUGCGUUACUGUUUGUGGCGCAGAGGUUGUAUCUCGUAUCAUAGCAGCUUGCUCAGAUUUAGGAUUCCUUCCGGUGGAGAAGGCUAACAAAACGCUCCUCAUCACCUACCGAGACAUGUCGUUUAUGGUGACAAUCUACGAAGUACCAACAAAAGUUCUUGUAGAUUGCAGAAGGUCACGCGGCGACGGGUUGGAAUUCAAGCGUGCUUUCCUACUGCUCAAAUCGCGUCUUUCGGAUAUCAUCAGCAAGGAUGGAGAGUCAUGGAUGGAAAGUCGAGGACUGACUUGUUCACAGAACGCACAAGUUGCGAGCUGGACAAAGCGUCGGGCCAUAUAA